AUGAGUCUAAUAGCAGGCUCCUAUGAGAAAUUCAUCUGGGGUUUCAAACUCAAACCCUUAAAACACGAACCUUCUUCUCAAAACCUCACACUAACCCCACUCUUUUCCUACCCAUCUCACCUCGCCCCCAUCACUACCGCUGCCGCCGCCGGCCCCGCCGCUGCUUCUGGCUCCGGGGACGACACAAUACAACUCUACGACCUCCCUUCUGCUGCCUCCCUAGGCUCUCUCCACCAACAUACGUCCUCCGUUACCUCCCUCUCCUUCUUCACCCCUCCUUCUCUUUCUUUCCCUCGCAACCUUCUAUCUGCCUCUGCUGAUGGCUCUGUUUGCAUUUUUGACGCUGACCCUUUUGUCCAUUUGAAGACUGUGUCGGCCCACAAGAAGGGCGUCAACGAUCUCUCAGUGCACCCGUCUGGGAAGUUGGCGCUUACUGUUGGGAGAGAUGAGUGUUUGGCUAUGUUGAAUUUGGUUAGAGGGAGAAGGAGCUUUUAUUGUAGAUUGGGGAAGGAAGCGAGUUUGGUGAAAUUUGAUUUGGGUGGGGAGAGGUUUUUUAUGGUUACUGAGGAGAAAGUUGGGGUUCAUGAGGCUGAAGAUGCUAAAUUGGUGACUGAAUUUGAAUGUCGGAAACGGGUUCUUUCUGCUGCCCCUGGAGAGAAUGGACUUCUGUUCACUGGUGGUGAGGACCGGAAUAUUACAGCAUGGGAUACGAAUAGUGGGAAGGUUGCAUAUUGCAUUGAUGAUGCACAUUCUGCCCGUGUGAAAGGUAUUGUUGUGCUCACGAGGACUGACGGCACUGUGGAUGAUCCAUAUUUACUGGCAUCUGCAUCAUCUGAUGGGGUUAUACGUGUUUGGGAUGUUCGCAUGUCCAUGAAAGAGAAGCCAAAUCCUUUGGCUGAGGCUAACACUAAAUCAAGGCUGACAUGUCUUGCUGGAUCAUCUCUUAAAUCUUUAAAACGACCGCAGAUGGGAACAAGCAGUUUAAAGGAAGAGCCUGAUACAGCGGAGAGAGAAUGA